UCGUUCCCUCACUCACAUGUCGUUACCGCACUUCGAUAUCAUCCCACACAAUCGAAUAUCUUUGUUUCAGGGAUGAUGAAAGAUGGUAUACAAUCUCGAGAUUUGCGUUCCAACAAAGUUAUUCGUGAAUCUAAAAAGUUUUGGGGUAGCGUGAAUGACCUUGAAUUUUUUCCUGAUGGAAUUAAUCUUCUUUGUUGCUCUGAUUACGUUGUAAGAAAUUCGUCUGAUAAAAAUAUAAUGGUUUGGGACAUAAAUUCGAUGACAACAAUUUCAAACCAAAUAUAUCAAGAAGCAUUCUCUUGCACCGCACUCAGGGUACACCCAACGCAUACUCACUUCGUCGCCCAAUCUAACGGAAAUUACAUUGCAAUAUUUGGCAGCGAAAAACCGUGGAGGUUGAAUAAAAGGAAGCGCUAUGAAGGUCAUCUCGUGAACGGAUAUCCUAUUCGUUGUAACUUUUCUCCUGAAUCUGAAGGACGAUAUUUAGUUUCCGGGGAUGCAAAUGGGGGAUUAUUUUUCUAUGAUUG